GAGAGCCAGUGGACUAUUGAGCUGAUAAACGGCUAUGUCAACAACAUGGCGACAUGGCUCGCCGUGAACAAGCAGGAUGAGAAGUAUCUGAUUCAAGUUUCUUGGCCACUGGAAUGGUCAUCUACCGGAGAACAACCAGUCGGAGACGACAAGGCCAAUGCAAUAUACGUCGUGGAUGGCAAUGCAAUGAUUCUUUCAGCCACAGACAUUGUGCGGAGACGACGAGUGCGUUACUCCAAUGAGAUAUCAACAAUAAUAAUCGGGAUAUCCUACCCGUUGACCAAAUCUGUGUUUAGCCCUCGUCGGAGCCAUGAUUUCACCCCUCCCUGUGAGAGAUACGACUCGCUUGACAGUCCAAACGGCCAGGCUCAAACUCAACAGUUUGGAGGUGCAGAUGAUUUCCUCGAUUUUGUAACAAACACGGUACACCCCUUUGUGUUCUCCACCAUAUUUCCACAAAUAUCAGUCCAUGAGACUGCUUUGUUUGGACAUUCUUUUGGGGCACUCUUCGCCCUCCAUGCACUUUAUACAGCGCCUGCGAGCUUCAACGCGUAUCUUGCGGCGAGUCCGUCGAUUUGGUGGAAUAACGGAUUUAUCCUGCAAGAGGAAAAUGAAUUCUACCGCAAUACAACAUCCAGUCAUAAACCAAAAGUGUGGCUAGCCUAUGGGUCUCUUGAGCAAUCCCCCAAACGUCAAAAGAACCAGACAGAGGCAGAAUAUGAAAAACGAUUGGCCGUGGCAAAGGAGAGACUAAUGGGUGACAAUUGUGACCAUAUGUUUAGUCGACUCGUACAAAGUGAACAGCUACAAUCGGUCAUCAGGAGGAGGUACGAAGAUGAGGACCACGGGAGUGUGAUUGCAGGGGCAUUGAGUGGAGCCAUUUUCUAUUUCCUUGAUCAAAGUGAUGAUAAGUGA